CUAUGGAGCUGGCAGCCCAGUCAUGAAGGGAAAUAUUAAUUAAAUAAUCACGAGCAUGGAGGUGUAAUUAAAAACUGAUGUAGGAUUUCCAAAGGAAUAGGAGGUGGUCCUGUGAGGACAGGAGGAGCCAGGCUAAGUUCUGAGAAGUCAGGAAAGGCUUUCUGAAAGAACUGUUGGUUGAACUAUGAUCUGAAGACAAACGACCAGUUAACCAGGUUUAUCGAUUGGUACUAUUGUCCAAGGCAAAGUGCCUAGCGUACCAUCACCGGUUGCUGCUGAGCCAUGGCCGAAGGGGAGAUCACAACCUUCACAGCCCUGACCGAGAGGUUCAAUCUGCCUCUAGGAAACUACAAAAAACCCAAACUACUCUACUGCAGCAACGGGGGCCACUUCUUGAGGAUCCUUCCCGACGGCACAGUGGAUGGGACAAGGGACAGGAGCGACCAGCACAUUCAGCUGCAGCUCAGUGCGGAAAGCGCGGGCGAAGUGUAUAUAAAGGGGACGGAGACCGGCCAGUACUUGGCCAUGGACACCGAAGGGCUUUUAUACGGCUCGCAGACACCAAAUGAGGAAUGCCUAUUCCUGGAAAGGCUGGAAGAAAACCAUUACAACACUUACACCUCCAAGAAGCAUGCGGAGAAGAACUGGUUUGUGGGCCUCAAGAAGAACGGCAGUUGUAAGCGUGGUCCCCGGACUCACUAUGGCCAGAAAGCCAUCUUGUUUCUGCCUCUCCCAGUAUCUUCUGACUAGAGGAGUCUGUUCUGGGUGCUCCCUAGUUUGGUUGACCCUAAAAAAAUGUUCCCUUGACCAUUGGCUGCGCUAACCCUCAGCCCACAGAGCCUGAAUUUUGUAAGCAGUGCUUCUAAGUAGCCAGUUCACUUUCCUGCUGAGCCCUUCCCCACCACCCCAGCACAGUUUGGAACACAGGGACCAAAUUGCUUCUAGGGGACAACUGACUGGCCAGUCUAGCUCUGGGUUUGGAUAUCCAGAUGCCUCAGGGCACAAGCUGGACCUCAUGAUGCAAAGAUGGGGGUCAUGUGAAGCAUACAGAGGGGUCUGAGAAGUGGGUUCAUAGUUGCUGCAUGCUCUUUCCCCUUCUGAGUAAUCCCUGGUUUUGAGUACCCCAGGCACUUAGCAUGACUACCCUUCCCCCUACCAGCACCUCACAAAUAUCAGUAAAGAAACUGAUAGUAAGGCUGAAAGAAUUUCAUGAUAGAGAAAAAUAUCUCCCCACCCCACCCCCAUGUACAGACAGGACUUAAAACUAGAAGGGAGUGUGGCAUUUCCAUGGAUAGCCUAGAGAAGCAUGGAAUCUCAGAACAGAGUAAGAGGGCAAGUCUCCACCACAGGGAGUCAAGAUGAACCCGCAGCCCAGCAGUCAUUACCAAGUUACCAAGGAAACGUCCACAGUCAGGGAAAGAGCCCCGGAAAUGAUUUCUUAGUAAUAGCAAGCACAGAGAUCUGGGACCUGAAGAGUGGGUGUAGGAGCAAGGAGACAGGAAGGAUGUCUUCAGCUGUGGAUGUCAGCCUCUAAAAAGCAAGAUCUUAGACGGGAGGAGGAGGAAAGAAAAAGUGAGACCAUGUCACAGUGUGCUUGGCCACCGCGAAACUGGGGCUGUGGGGGUCCCAGUACGAUGGCCCCAAAUUGCCCAUGCAUUCAGAUCAUCUGAGGAUUUUGUAUGAAUAUGAAAUCUGAUUUGGUGGGGCUGGCAUGGGGAGUUCUGUGUUGUGAAAAGGCCCCCAGGUCCCAUAGAUGCUGCUGGCUUCCCCACCAUGCUUUCAAGAGCAGCCCCAGAAAAUGCCAUUCAAAUGAAGGUUGCUUAUAGUUCACCCUCUUCAGCCUCCACCGCCUGGGUUUCCCUGAAUAUUCAUUCAGGCAGUGUCCAUAGUAGUUAAGCACGGUUUCAAGGCACCUUGGCCCAGUGCCUAUAAAAUGCCCACUUAGAAGUCACUGAAACCACACUUCACAGAAAUGUUAAAUCUCGUCAAAAGUUUUUCCCAAGAGACCAUUUCUGUUACCAUUAAUUCAGCAAACUGCCUUCCUCCUUAAAGUAAACCUGGCCCAAGUGACCAGGAAAUUAGAAACACUAUUCAUCUCUGACAUAGGACACAAAUGCCGUGAGAAGGCCUUUCAUACGCCAAGCCCAUAUACUGUGAGACUUAUGCUUUCGUCGCAUUUUAUAUAGCUUGAAGGCAUUAAACGGAUUUGCAAUCAGCCACAGAGAAUAACAACAGCAUAGGAUGUAAAAGCUACUUAGUUAUCUAACACACUGCAUUCAUUCAUGAGACCUUUCCUCGUUGUCUCCUACCGCGCUUUAAGUAUGGGUAUCUAGGGCUGAGAGAUGGCUUAGCAGUAAAGAGCACACACUGCUCUUAUAAAGGACAGGAGUUCAGUUCCCAGCACCCACAUCAUGAUGCUCAGACCCAGUUCUAACUCCAACUCCAGAGACAUGAUGUCCUCUUCUGGCCUCCAGGGGUAUUCCAUGCACGUGUACAAACCCACACUCAGACAUCCAUGCAUAUACACUCUUUUAAAAAUAUAAACCAAUGAUAUGGUGGCUGUGGAUUAAAAGUAAUUAUUUGAUGGAAAAAUCCUUAUAACACCACUGUCAUAUUUUAGCAUGGAAGACAGAUGACACUCUUGAGAGUUCAGAGUGCUAAUGGAGGAACUAAACUGAGUUAUUUCACACAUGGUUAAUAAUUACAUUCUUCCAGAUGUGGUGGCGCACACCUUUAAUCCCUGCACUCAGGAGGCAGAGGCAGGUGGAUCUCUGUAAGACUGAGGCCAACCUGGUCUACAUAGUGAGUUCCUGGGCAGCCAGGAGUAUAUAGAAAGGCCCUGUAUUUUUAAAAAAAAAUCAUAGUAAUGUUUUGCUUUUUUACAAGAUAAUUCAUGACUUUUUUGUUUUAGUAAAUCGUAGGCACACUGGAGAUAAUACAGUACGGUUGCCCAUGUCUUUGUAUGAAGAUUUGGCCAGGAAAAGCACACAGAGAUGAAAUCUAUAAUAUUUAGAAUAGUGAGUAGUUUUUAUCAGAUGAACAGAACACAAGUGUAACACUGACCAAGACACAUUAAAAACCACUGCACAAGGAGGAGAUGGCAUCUGAGACCUCAGAGACUGAAAGCACUGAUGAUGUAGAUGGUAGCCUUAACCAUCAACCUAGUCACAAUCUGUGUAUUUGCUCAACAUAUACUGCAGACCUAAUGUGUGUCAGGCACUAGAUAUGGCCCCUGGGGACAAUGUCUGUCAGGUGUCCUCUCCCUGGGCAUAUAUUUGUAGAAAGAGAUGCUGUGGAUUCAUUUCUUUCAGUCAGGUCAAAACAUGGACUUUAUAGGUUCCUACUGAAUCAGCAGUAUGUUCUAGAAACCCCCAACAGUGGAUAACACCCACCCCACCCCAACAAAGUGACAGAGAUGAACUUCGAAAAGUAAAGCCAGGGCUUUCAAUGUUAGUCCUCGCAGAGGAGUGGACUAGUUUCAAAUCAG